UCGAUGUAGAGUUCGAUGUGGCGGUAUUGCAUGUACUCGAUGCCCUUGUGGCGGUCUGACCGGCCGGUGUCACCGGCGCGCACACCCAAGGCGGCAACCAAGACGGCGGAUAGGCAACGGGCAAUGACCGUAUCCCAGCAUGUUGUGCCGCGGGUGAUGACGUGGGUGAGAUAUGCUCGCACCGUACGAGAGAGGGUGGCCAAGCCGAUCCACGUUUUGGCCUGCGUGCGAUCCUUCAGGCGGAGGCGGACCCUUCAGGAAGAGGCGGGCCUUCCAGGAGGAGACUAACCUUCAGCAGGAGGCGACCCUUCAGCAGGAGGCGUCCAUUCAGGAUGAUGCGAUCAUUCAGGAGGAGGCGACCAUUCAGGAGGUUACGAUCAUUCAGGAGAAGGCAAUCAUUCAGGAGGAGGCGAUCAUUCAGGAGGUGACGACCCUUCAGCAGGAGGUUCAGCAGGAGGUGACCCUUCAGGAUGAUGCGAUCAUUCAGGAGGAGGCGACCCUUCAGGAGGUUACGAUCAUUCAGGAGGAGGCGACCUUUCAGGAGGAGGCGACCGUUCAGGAGGAGGCGACCGUUCAGGAGGAGGCGACCUUUCAAGAGGCGACCCCCGCGCGUUGCGUCGUCCAGCCAGUGGUGGAAGACCGAGCUGUCGUGGGCGGUCAUCUUGAAGCCCUUGGCCUCGGACCACUUGAAGUGACCGUAGGAGAUCAGAAUCUUGGCGGCAUUGAGGAAGAUAUUGCGGUUCGUUUGUUUGCCUUGAUGUCAUGAUCCAGCUUGUCUAGACGUGACGGGCGGAAGCGUGAGCAACGCGUAAGCAGAUCAUAUGUUUCGUGUCUACAUAUGGCUAAUAGAAUCCCUGCCGGAUUGAGGGCAGAAACGGGACGCAUCCAGCAAUGGCGGCUCCCUUUGGGAAUAUCUUCCACGUCUGAUUCUCCGGGCAGACGUAACUUUCAUCGUCUUUGCCUAGGGAGCAGGAGAGGUGGCAGUGGGG